AUGACAAGGGCUCCCGGGCGUGUCUACGCGAGUUCCAGUCUUUCCUGGUCGACCUCCUUGGGCUCGGGUUAAAGUGCACCGGGGGCUUGAUGGGCUGGGAUCCUCGUGCUGCUGCAGGACCGAAGGCGGAGAGUCUCCCGUGAAAUCAGGCAAUGGCGGAGCUGGAGUUUGUGCAGAUAAUCAUAAUCGUGGUGGUGAUGAUGGUGAUGGUGGUGGUGAUCACGUGCCUGCUGAGCCACUACAAGCUGUCGGCGCGCUCCCUCAUCAGCCGGCACAGCCCGGGCAGGCGGAGAGAAGACGCCCUUUCCUCGGAAGGAUGCCUCUGGCCCUCGGAGAGCACAGUGUCGGGCAGCGGAAUCCCGGAGCCGCAGGUCUACACCCCGCCUCGGCCCGCCGACCGCCUGGCCGUGCCCGCCUUCGCCCAGCGUGACCGCUUCCACCGCUUCCAGCCCACGUACCCGUACCUGCAGCACGAGAUCGACCUGCCACCCACCAUCUCGCUGUCGGACGGGGAGGAGCCCCCGCCCUACCAGGGCCCCUGCACCCUCCAGCUGCGGGACCCCGAGCAGCAGCUGGAGCUGAAUCGCGAGUCGGUGCGCGCACCCCCGAACAGAACCAUCUUCGACAGUGACCUGAUGGAUAGUGCCAGGCUGGGCGGCCCCUGCCCCCCCAGCAGUAACUCAGGCAUCAGCGCCACGUGCUACGGCAGCGGCGGGCGCAUGGAGGGGCCACCGCCCACCUACAGCGAGGUCAUCGGCCACUACCCCGGGUCCUCCUUCCAGCACCAGCAGAGCAGCGGGCCGCCCUCCUUGCUGGAGGGGACCCGGCUCCAACACACACACAUCACCCCCCUGGAGAGCGCCGCCCUCUGGAGCAAAGAGAAGGAUAAACAGAAAGGACACCCUCUCUAGGAACCCGGGCCGCGGGGCCGCAGUGGGUGAAAAGGCAGAAUGCUCUGCACUUCUUACAAGAGGAGAGAGAGGAUGGCGGGCGACACACGGAAACGCAGCGUGUGGCCGUCCUCUCCCACCUCUCUGUGUAUAAAUAUUUACAUGUGAUGUCUGGUCUGAAUGCACAAGCUAAGAAAGCUUGCAAAAAACCACGUUUCUUUGUUGAGCUGUGUCUUGAAGGCAAAAGAGAAAAAAGAAUUCUACAGUAGUCUUUUUUUUUGUUUCUAGUUGAGCUGCGUGCGUGAAUGCUUAUUUUCUUUCGUUUAUGAUGAUUUCACUUAACUUUAAAGACAUAUUUGCACAAAACCUUUGUUU